AUGUUGAUUGUCAUUAUUUUAGGUUCUGUGGAUUGUUCUAUAAUAAAACAAUCUUUCAGGUUAAUUUGGCUUUUGAAAACACCAAUCCGCGUUGUUCUUUGUGCUUCAAAUACGACUGUAUUUUUCUUUGCUUAUUUUGGUUUUAUGAUUCCCAUAUUAUGGGCUAAAACGUUGUGGCCGCGUCUUUACUGGUUUUAUGAAGGAAAAUUAUAUCUUUGGUUGCAAGCGUUUAUUGGAUACUGGGGAUAUACUGCCGGAUACGACGUUUACGAAUAUGGUGAUGAUUUGCAGUUUUUUUGCCAAAAAGAACGUGUAUUAGUUUUAUGUAAUCAUCAAAGUACUGCUGAUGUGCCUACGUUAAUGACCGUUCUACAAAGUAAAGGUCCGGCGUCCAGGAAGACACUGUGGCUUAUGGAUGUUAUGUUUCGUUGGACUCCUUUUGGUAUAAUUGGACGAAUGCACGGUGAUUAUUUUAUCAAACAAGGGAGAGAUACGCGGGAAAAAGAGCUAUUGAAAUUAAAGAAACAUCUUAGAAAAGUAUUCUGGGAUCGUGAUCGGAGAUGGGUAAUAGUAUUCCCUGAAGGCGGAUUUCUGUACAAGCUCAUUGAAAAUAGCCAGAGAUAUGGUCGUGAGCAUGGUUAUCCGCAUCUGAAAUUUACCACAUUACCACGUUUUGGUGCUGUUAAAACAAUUUUGGAGGAAAUUGGACCACGAGAUAAUGACAGUUCACAAGAUGAAAAUAGACUAAAAAAUAGAAGCAAAUUGAAAUUGAUCAAAGAUACAGUUGGUGCAAUUAGAGAGAAAAAAUAUAUUAAAGAAACUCGUCCACCAAUCAAGUAUAUCCUUGAUGUUACAAUUGCUUAUCCUCAUGCAAUGCCAUUAAGUUUAGUGACGUUAUGCUUUGGAACACGUGAGAAAUGUGAUAUUGCUGUUCACUAUAAAAUAUACGACGCUGAAGAAGCACCAUUUCAUGAUGAAGAAAAACUACGUAAUUGGUUAUAUAGCGUUUAUAAGAAAAAGGACGAGAUUUUAGAGAAUUAUUAUAAGCAUGGUGUGUUCAUUGAUGGCGAAGAAGGUAGACGUAUACAUUUUACAUGGUCAAAAAUUAUUGGUCAAUAUCUUUUUUGGGUUAUUUCAUUUUAUAUUCAGUAUCGGAUUUAUACUUGGAUUAUAAUGCAGUUUUUCAUGUUUCUCCAUUCAUCAAUCGAGUUGUUCAUAAAUUUUUUAAGAUAA